AUGUCGGACAAGCUCACCCGUGUCGCUAUCGUCAACAGCGAUAAGUGCAAGCCCAAGAAGUGUCGCCAGGAGUGCAAAAAGUCCUGCCCUGUCGUUCGCUCCGGCAAGCUCUGCAUCGAAGUCAGCCCCGAAUCCCGCAUCGCCUUCCUGUCCGAGUCGCUAUGCAUCGGUUGUGGCAUUUGCCCCAAGAAGUGCCCCUUCGGCGCCAUCACCAUCAUCAACCUGCCCACGAACCUCGAGACCCAGGUCACCCACCGUUAUUCCGCCAACAGCUUCAAGCUUCAUCGUCUGCCCAUGCCCCGACCAGGAAAUGUGCUGGGUCUCGUCGGUACCAACGGUAUUGGAAAGAGUACCGCUCUGAAGAUUCUCUCCGGCAAACUUAAGCCCAACUUGGGUCGCUACGAUAACCCUCCUGACUGGGAAGAUGUCAUCAAGUACUUCCGUGGUUCUGAGCUCCAGAACUACUUCACCAAGCUCUUGGAGGAUGACCUCAAGGCUGUCGUCAAGCCGCAAUACGUCGACCAGAUUCCCCGUGCCGUCAAGGGCCCCCAGAAAUCCGUCAAGGCUUUGAUCGACGCCCAGAGCUCCCUCGACAACAAGAAGGAGGUUUGCGACGUUCUUGAGCUCAACCAUAUUAUGGACCGUGAGAUCAACCUCCUGUCUGGUGGAGAACUGCAGCGUUUUGCCAUCGGAACCGUCUGUGUUCGCAAGGCCGACGUUUACAUGUUCGACGAGCCGUCUUCCUACCUCGAUGUCAAGCAGAGAUUGGCCGCCGCCCGUAUCAUCCGCUCUCUCCUCCGUGACGACGACUACGUCAUCGUCGUCGAGCACGAUUUGUCUGUCCUGGACUACCUCUCCGACUUCAUCUGCGUUCUGUACGGUCGUCCUGCUGUUUACGGUGUCGUCACCCUUCCUCAGUCCGUGCGUGAAGGUAUCAACAUCUUCCUCGACGGCCACAUCCCCACCGAGAACCUGCGUUUCCGCGACGAAUCCUUGACCUUCAAGAUGGCCGAGGCUGCCGAUGAGUUCGCUGCUGAGAAGUCCCGUGCCUUUAAGUAUCCCAAGAUGGAGAAGACAUUGGGCAACUUCAAGCUGAAAAUCGACUCUGGCGACUUCACUGACUCUGAGAUCAUUGUCAUGAUGGGAGAGAACGGAACCGGAAAGACCACCUUCUGCCGCAUGCUUGCGGGCGCACUCAAGCCCGAUAACAAGGCCUCAGUCCCUGAGAUGAAGAUCUCCAUGAAGCCCCAGACCAUCACUCCCAAAUUCGAGGGCACUGUUCGUCAACUCUUCUUCAAGAAGAUCAGGGCCGCUUUCCUGUCCCCUCAGUUCCAGACCGAUGUCGUCAAGCCCCUGAAGCUGGAUGACUUCAUUGACCAGGAAGUCAAGAACUUGUCCGGUGGUGAAUUGCAGCGUGUCGCCAUCGUUCUGUCUCUGGGUAUGCCUGCCGACAUCUACCUCAUCGACGAGCCUUCUGCCUACCUCGAUUCCGAGCAGCGUAUCAUUGCUUCUCGUGUCAUCAAGCGUUUCAUCAUGCACGCCAAGAAGACCGCCUUCAUCGUCGAGCACGAUUUCAUCAUGGCCACUUAUCUCGCCGACCGAGUCAUUGUCUUCGACGGCAAGCCCGGUAUCGAUGCGCAUGCGAACAAGCCCCAGUCUUUGCUGACCGGCUGCAACACUUUCCUCAAGAACCUUGAUGUCACCUUCCGUCGCGAUCCCACCAACUACCGUCCCCGUAUCAACAAGCUGAACUCUCAGCUCGACCAGGAGCAGAAGCUGGGUGGCAACUACUUCUUCCUGGACGACGGAGACAAGACGAGUUGA